AUGGCUACCACUGUCCCAAUACCAUACUUUGCCCCUGACAUCAUUCCUUGCCCGCUACCCACAACUUCAGAGAUCGACGCAGCACCCGACAUAUCCUUGGAGUAUGGAGGACGAAGAAUCGUCGAGAUAGGCGACCAUCUGGUAGUGAAGUUCGGAAACGCCGUGGACCUUAUCGAAGGAGAGAACAUGUUAUUUGUCCAAGAAAACACCAGCAUACGAGUCCCUCGAGUCUAUGCACUUUACUCGGACCCAUCGACGGGCAAGAAUUACAUCGUUAUGGAGAAAAUCCCUGGACAGACUCUCCUGUCCCUGUGGCCACAGCUAAUCCCAUCGGAGAAGGAAACCAUCGUCACUACAAUUCAUGACUACUUCAACGAGCUACGACGUUUACCCCCACCAGACUACUACGGUAGCUUAGGCAGACGAUGCUUUCUUGAUGAAAUAUUCUGGACUUAUGACCCUGAACCGUCGAUCAAUGGACCGUUCACAUCGGAAAAUGCUCUUAUCGAGGCAAUGGCUCGGAAAUAUACCUACGACGGUCGGCCACCGUAUCGAGCUGACUUCUACCGCCAGUGUUUACCGCGUUUGCUCCGUAGCCAUGGUCCAACAUUCACCCAUGGUGACUUUCAGCGGAAGAACAUACAGAUCCAAAGGGUGGUAAACAACAGUGAUGGACAGGAUACCUCACAUCUACAGGUUACUGUUCUUGACUGGAAAAGGCGGGUUGGUAUCCAAGCUACUGGGAGUAUUGUCUUGCUGUCUGCGCGUUGCGAUGGGAUGAUGACUGGUGUCUUUGGAUUGAGAAGGUGCUGGAUCCUUGUGUCGCUGAAUCGGCGUGGUUUCAAGCGGUUCGGUUGGAGUUAUGGUCUUAGAGCGGGGUGGAUCGAUCAAGCCUCCCUCCGUAGUCAGUUGGCAGGGCAUUCUACUCAUUAUGAUCAACGGAAUGACAAGCAGGUGGUCCCCAAGAAUAAAACAGCUAUACUGCUCUGCGCGAUCUCUGAUCCUCCGCCCUUGAAACCUUGGGACUCCCAACUCUUCGCCUCACUCGAGGAUCUUUUCCGCUACACUUCCGGAAGAUGGCUCUUCAAUGAACAUCUGCGUUUAUCGAAACGCUUCCUCAAAUUCGAUGUGCUCGCACUUCAAAACAUCAUUUCCAGUGCAUCUGGUCAUUCAAUAUCCGAACUCGAGUCAUUUACUAAGCUAUCAGAGGGUGGGUACAACCGUGUAUUUGAGGCUACCUUUAGCGAUGGAAAAUGUGUUCUCGCGAGACUACCCUAUCCAAGUACAGUGCCAGAGCAUUACACAGUAGCGAGCGAAGCAGCGACUAUGAACUACCUUCGCCUACAUGGAUUUCGCAUACCAGAGGUAUAUUCCUGGUGCUCAACUAAGUCUAAUCCAACCGGAGCUGAGUUUAUCAUUAUUCAGAAGUUGGAUGGUACCCCUCUCGGCGAUAGAUGGUUUUCAAUGACCCCAAAGGAGCAGUAUAAGAUCAUGACACAAAUAGUUGAAUGGGAGACGCGUUUGAUGUUAUUGAAGUUUCCUACCUCUGAGAGCCUCUACUACUCGAAGGAUCUUCCAUCUGAAAAGAGGGCGAAGCUAGACGAUCCGAACAGCAUGGCAUUCUGCAUAGGGCCAAUAGCCCAUUAUAGUUGGUGGCAUGGUGAGAGAGGCAUUAUGGAUAUUGACCGUGGACCCUGGCCAUUAUCAGUUGACAUCUUCCGAGCAGUUGGAGAACGUGAACUAACCUGGGCCAAAGCCUAUGCGAAGCCUCGCUUGCCCGAUGAGCGGCUUUAUAGGGAGAUUUACAAAUUCAAGCGCGUCUCGCCGGAUACCCACGUUACAGAUCUUGUCAACUACCUCAAAAUUGUACCUAGUUUAGGAUAUUGCAAUCCAUCCUUGGAUCGACCAGUCAUGCACCACCCCGACCUACAGCCAAACAAUAUCCUCGUGUUUGAGACGAAUGAAAUAACUGGCCUCAUAGACUGGCAGCAUUGCGCGAUUCUCCCUCUUGGUAUCGUUGCUGGGAUUCCAGCUCACUUCCAGAACUAUGGCGAUCCAGAGUCAGAAAUGCUCAAACAACCUCAGCUUCAUCUGCCCUCUGACUACGACUCCAUGACAUCCUCCGAGCAGAAUUCAGUUAAGGAAAUUCAUCGCAGAAGAGUGAUUCAUUUCCUGUACGCCGCCCUGACUAAAAGACUGAAUCAAGAUCACUACGAUGCUAUCUUCGACCAGUCAGUUAUACUCCGCCUACGCCUUCUCCAGAGUGCCGGUAGUCCCUGGGAGGGAGACUCAAUAUCACUGCGUGCUGAGCUCAUUCGCUCAAUAAUGAACUGGUCGGCGAUCAUCAAGUCUACUCACGUUGCCCCGCCAGUGGACUAUCCAGAAGAUGUUGUCCGGGAGACAAUUGACUUGGAUGCGCAGCAGAGAGAGGCCGAUGUGGCAAUGGAACAGAUGCGACAUGCUUUAGUUGUCGAUAUCAUGGGAUGGGUACCGAAUGAAGAUUAUGAGGCUGCCAGAAGACUCGCAUCUGGGAUAAAGGGUAAAAUGCUUGAAGCGGCGAAGACUCCCGAUGAGGUUAUCGCUAUCCGAAUACAUUUCCCUUUUGAUGAUUUCCAUGAAGGGGCUUAA